GACAGAGGGAAGCUGAGCGAAAAUAGACCUUCCCGAGAGAGGAGGGAGCCGGGGAAGAGAGGCGCAGUCCCCUCCCGGCCCCCAGGCCGCCGCCCCCUCCCUGCCCUCGGCGGCUAGCUGCGCGCCGCGACCCGGGCCGAAGGGGCGAGGGGCGAGGGGCGGCCGGACGGUCGCGCACUAGUGCCGUGGGCGGCGCGGAGCCGGCGACAGCGCGCGAGCCGAGCCGGACCGGGCGGCGGCGGCGGGACCGGGAUGGAAGGGAGCGCGGUGACUGUCCUUGAGCGCGGAGGGGCGAGCUCGCCGCCAGAGCGCCGGAGCAAGAGGAGGAGCAGGAGCGGAGGCGGCGGCGCGCGAGCACCCGAGGGGGUCCGAGCCCCGGCAGCCGGCCAGCCCCGCGCCACAAAGGGAGCGCCCCCGCCGCCUGGCACACCACCUCCCUCCCCAAUGUCCUCGGCCAUCGAGAGGAAGAGCCUGGACCCGUCUGAGGAGCCAGUGGAUGAGGUGCUGCAGAUCCCCCCAUCCCUGCUGACAUGUGGAGGCUGCCAGCAGAACAUCGGGGACCGCUACUUCCUGAAGGCCAUCGACCAGUACUGGCACGAGGACUGCCUCAGCUGUGACCUCUGCGGGUGCCGGCUGGGCGAGGUGGGCCGGCGCCUCUACUACAAGCUGGGCAGGAAGCUCUGCCGCAGGGACUAUCUCAGGCUCUUUGGCCAGGACGGCCUCUGCGCCUCUUGUGACAGGCGGAUCCGUGCCUACGAGAUGACGAUGCGGGUGAGGGACAAAGUGUAUCACCUGGAAUGUUUCAAAUGUGCCGCCUGUCAGAAGCACUUCUGUGUGGGUGACAGAUACCUCCUCAUCAACUCCGAUAUAGUGUGUGAACAGGACAUCUAUGAGUGGACUAAGGUCAAUGGGAUGAUAUAGGCCAGAUGCCCCAGCAUCUCUGGAGAGGUGUUUCACUGAAGUCACUGUCUCCGUGGGGUCUUCACUCUUAGGCAUUUGGGGGAUUUGAGGGUGGGCUGAGACAUUUCUUAGGGGAUGAAAGGCCCUAAUUGGACACCAAGAACCAAUACACAGCAUCCAAGUGACAUAAGGCAAGGGGGCAAAACUUAAACGUGACAAAAUGACUGGCCUUGAGGGAGAACUUAUGGACAAUGGCCACAGCCUAUGGGUAAUAACUGACAUGAUUAGCGAGGGAGAGAGUGUUGGGAGCUUCUGUGCCGUCAUGAUGGAACUUCCCAUCUACAGAUGGGGACUUGUUCUGCCCAGACUUAUGUCUUUAACCCUUGAAAACUAGAGAUGUGCAAUUGAUUUCUUUUCUUCCUGGCUUUUAUGAGAACCCUGUCCAACCACUGUCCUCCACACAAGGGAAGGACAGAGAGAACAGUGGCCAUCCUUUUCUUCUUGGCCACCUUCCCAAGGCCUUAAGCUUUGGACCCAAGGGACACUGCAUGGAGACAACAUUUCAGUUGAGAAUGAAAACUGCAACUUUUAACCAAACAAUUCUUUAAAGCAAUGCUGAUGAAUCACUGUUUUUAGACACCUUAGUUUUGAAGUGAGGAGUUCCACAGAUUGUUUCUAUACAAAUGUAAAUCUAAAAAAAAAAGUUGUUCACCUAUUUUAUUAUCUUAGAUUAUAUCAAAGUAUUUGUUGUGUGUAGUUUAAAAAAACUCUGAGGACAAUAAAAAUGACUGACUAA